AUGACCAAAAAUCAUUCGCAACCUUCUUCACUCACCUUCCUCUCGACUUUUAAAUCAAUUUUUACUCAUAACUCUUCCAAAACUAGUUCAGAAAUUACGCAAACCCAAUUAACACUUCUCAGUAAAACAGAUCCAGAAUAUGAAAUGAUCAAAAGUCUGUUCGGUUUAACACCAAAAAUUCACGGAAUUGUAAAAUUGAAAAUGCCAACAAAAUUGGAAAAUAAACAUGAGAAAUACAAGAGGUCAUUAAUUAAUAGAUCAAGAAACGCAGAUGCUGUUACAUAUAAGAUGUUUCACGGAACUAAACGUUUGCUUAGAUGUGAUCUUUUAAUAUUCAAUGAUCAAGGUGUAGAUAUUAAAAAAGAAAAUGAAAAUCCGAGUUACUGUAAAUAUGGAUGUG